AUGGGACGCAACAAACGCCAACGCCUGACCUCUGCUCCGAAAAGCAAUCGCAAACAACCCAAGCCUCUCUCCCGCCAAUCCUCCAUCUCCAAAGCCGCGUCAAAACCAAGGGCGCAUACCCAGGCCCGACACAAAGAACCCACAAUUCCCUUCCACCCCACCGAGCACAUCCUCCUGAUCGGCGAAGGCGACCUCUCCUUCGCACGCUCCCUCAUCGGACACCAUGCUUGCACGAACGUAACCGCGACUGUGUACGAAAGCUCGCGGAACGAAUUGGAAGAGAAAUACCCGCAUGUGGUGGAGAAUAUAGAUGUUAUCGAGGAUGGAGGCGCAGUGGUGAAAUAUGGGGUGGAUGCUAUGAAGAUGAAAGCUUUUACUGUUGGUGGGAAGAGGGGAGAGGGUGCUAUGGAUAGGAUUUUCUUCAAUUUUCCGCAUGUGGGAGGCAAGAGUACGGAUGUUAAUCGGCAGGUUAGGUAUAAUCAAGCUUUAUUGGUAGAAUUCUUCAAACAUGCUAUUCCUUCGUUGUCGCCGAAGCUAGGGAGCUCGAUUGUGGUUACGUUGUUCGAGGGAGAGCCGUAUACGCUGUGGAAUAUUAGGGAUUUGGGACGGCAUUCGGGGUUGGAGGUUAAGGAGAGCUUUAAGUUUCAGGCGAAGGCAUAUCCGGGGUAUAGACAUGCGAGGACUUUGGGUGUGGUGAAGGGGAAGAAUGGAGAGGUUGGUGGGGGGUGGAAGGGAGAGGAGAGACCGGCUAGGAGUUAUGUUUUUGUGAGGAAGGGAGAGGGUGCUGUGGUGGGGAAUGGAAAGCGGCAUAGGGAAGAGAGCAGUGAUGAGGAUGAAGAGUUGGAAGAUUCGGAAGAAUGGGAGGGCAUCGAGGAUAGAUCAGAUGAGGAUCACGAGAGCGAGGUCACCGAUGAAUGUGGUGAUUGA